AUGUCCUUGUUGCGGGAAGCUGAGAAAUGCAUCGCUAACCAAAGGUCACAUGCCGCUCUCAAUGCCUUCAUAACGACUGUGCAGCAUUUAGGACCAUUGCGAGAACAAGUGAGAGAUGCAGAACUUAGGAGAGAGUCGGGGAGAUCAAAAUCAGAGGUCGAUGGUCGCUUGAUUGCCUUUAAAGACAAUAUUUGCACACGCGAUUUUCCGACAACAUGUGCCUCCGGGAUUCUAGCCAAAUUCACCAGUCCGUUCAAUGCGACCGUUGUGGAACAGCUGUCGGAAGCGGGCGCUAUAGUAGCUGGGAAGACGAACUUGGAUGAAUUUGGGAUGGGUUCCCAUUGUCUUAAUUCGUGUUUCGGCCCUGUCAAAAAUCAGCGUCAGUGCCAGGAGGGACGAAUCCUCUCAGCUGGUGGAAGUUCUGGUGGAAGCGCCGUCUCCGUUGCAACAGAUCAAUGCUAUGCGGCUCUUGGAACAGACACUGGUGGUUCGGUUCGACUUCCAGCUGCCUACACGGGCACAGUCGGCUUUAAGCCGUCUUAUGGAUUGGUCUCGAGAUGGGGGGUCGUGGCAUACGCUAACUCACUGGAUACUGUCGGCAUCCUGGCCAAAAAUGCCUCGACGGCUCGCGAUGUAUUCCGCAUUGUGAAUCGGCAUGAUCCACGCGAUCCGACAAACUUGUCUCCACGCUCUCGGUCUCGCAUAGCUUCGCACCUCCAGCAACCUGCUCUUUUGUCUAGAAUGACCUCGUCUCUGAGGAUCGGCGUUCCUAUUGAGUACAACAUAUCAGAACUCUCUCCAUCGGUCCGACGAGCCUGGGCUCUCUCGAUAGCUUUUCUGAGAGAGCAGGGUCAUACAAUCCAUCCCGUCUCACUCCCAACAACAAAACUAGCUCUCUCGGCAUAUUACGUCCUUGCUCCAGCCGAGGCAUCCUCAAACCUCGCCAAGUAUGACGGCAUCAGAUACGGUUCCCGCUGCAACAGCCCGGAUUCUGGUGGGCAGCCUGAGAGCUAUCUAUAUGCCAAGACUAGAGGGGACGGGUUCGGUCUCGAAGUGAAGAGGCGUAUCUUACUCGGCGCCUUCAGUCUAAGCGCCGAUGCCAUAAAUAAUUACUUUAUUCAAGCGCAGCGCGUCCGCAGACUUGUCCAGCACGAUUUCAAUGCUGUCUUCAGAGCAGAGCAACCGAUAUCCCCUUCGCGCCAGAAAGGAGAUACUGAGUUGAAAUCAAAACAGGCAGAGGUCGAUGUCCUCAUCUGCCCUACCGCCCCUUCAUGUCCUCCGCAGUUGGCAGACCUGGUUGAGACAGAUUCCAUUUUCUCGUCCCUGAACGCAUACACGAAUGAUGUGUUUACAGUGCCUGCAAGCCUGGCUGGUUUGCCAGCUGCGUCAGUUCCAGUCAGAGUUAACUGUCGGGAUGAAGGUUCUAGCGAUGCUGAUCUUGCUGGUAUUCAAAUCAUCGGGCAAUACGGGGACGAUGAGCUUGUCCUUAAAGUGUCGGAGUCAUUGGAAGGCAAAAUCUUUUGA